AUGUCGUCUGAAUCCGAAUACAAGCUGGAAGAUGUCCCGGCUACUCGCGUUGCCGCAGACAAGAUUGAUGGAACCUUUCGCUCCUCUUGCAUUGACCUGAUCUCUUCUGCCCUUGGUGGCAAAAUCCUCUCCUUCUCUGAUGAGUGGUUUGCCGAAGCCUCCAACCUCUUAACUCCAACCGCACCCAUCAGACAACCAGGCAAAAUGGUCUAUUCAGGUGCUUGGUACGAUGGGUGGGAGACUCGCCGGCACAAUCCUGCACCUUUCGACUACGUGGUAAUCCGUCUUGGUGUGGCUUCAGGCAUUGUCGAGGGCAUUGAAAUCGACACUGCGUUCUUCUCUGGAAACCACGCCCCUGCUAUCUCCGUCGAAGGCGUCUUCAGCUCAAGUGACGAUGAAGUCAUUUCAUGGAAAGGAGAGCGAGGUAAAUGGGAGCCAAUUCUCGGAAUCCAGGAGUGUGGGCCCUCGCAGCGAUUUGGUUGGAAGCUGGCUGUGCCAACCAAGAAGGCGUAUACGCAUGUCAGACUGAACAUGUACCCGGACGGAGGCAUUGCAAGGUUUAGAUUGUUUGGACAUGCUGUCCCAGUCUUCCCAGAAGAUAAGGAUGCAAUUUUCGAUCUUGCUGCCGCUCAGAAUGGAGGAGUUGCGGUCUCAUGUAGCGAUGAGCAUUUCGGUGUGAUAUCAAAUUUGAUUCUCCCAGGCCGCGGAAAGGAUAUGGGAGAUGGGUGGGAGACCUCGAGAUCUCGGGGCAAAGAUCAUGUGGAUUGGGCUAUUAUUCGACUUGGUGCACCAGGAAUGGUACAGAAGUUACUUGUGGAUACAGCAUUCUUCAGAGGAAACUUCCCACAGAAGGUGAAAGUCGAAGCCAUACACUGGACAGGAGAGGGAGAACCAGCGGCGUCAGCUGACGGAUGGACGGACCUUGUCGAGCCAAGCAAAUGUGGACCAGAUAGAGAGCACGAGUUUGACUCGUUGGUUCGGGACAAGACAUUCACGCAUGUGAAGCUUAUCAUGAUUCCUGACGGAGGAGUAAAGAGGAUCAGAGUCUUUGGGAAAAGGAGCAUCUAA